GCGCAAAGAAUAGCAAUUGUCAAAGAACUAUCAAAAUGGAGUUCCAUAAGUACACCUCUAUUGAAAAAAUGUGCUGCCUCUUAAAUCUCAAAUAUAUAUUAUUAACAUGAUUAUACCUGUCUUAAUUAGGUACAAUUUCGAGGAAGGAGAUACAUAUUGCGGACCAUAGUGCAGGACAUGUAGUAUUUAGUUUUGAUUUACAUUAUUGGGCACCUCAAGUCCGAUUUGAAGACCUAUGGUCGAGUGCAUAAAAUUGCCAGCUAACCAAAAACAUAGGUAUCCUCACGAGGGUUGACAUCGUUUUAUUAAAUGCAACGAACAAAUGUCUAAACAUGCUUCAACCUGUGCCAACAUAAGAGCCUUGGAUGAUGAGUUGCCCAUCUCAAAUGUUGAAGUCAAAGCUGGCAAUGACACAAGUCUGGUGCAAAAACUAGACAGCAUGCGGUAUCUUCCCAUCAGAUAUUUUGUUUGAGCACCAAGGCGACCUGAAUCUAUCAGGGAGGUGAAGUAAUCGACUCAAUGAAGGAAUGUGCAUCGACAUUGGCAGGUUCUAAAGGAUCAAAAACUUGCAUAGAAGACAGCAGCUUUGCAUUUGAUGAGAAUAGUCAGAAUUUAUUGCUUGUUAGUGGAACCCAUGAUGGAUCAACUUCACCAAUGGGAAAGAAAGUUGGUGAAUUGAAUGAGAGUAGUUAUUUGGGGAUUAAGCUUGUAACUGGUGUUAAAGGAAAUGAUUUUAUUGACAGUGGUCUUGAUAACACUGAGACAAACAGAAUGGUGAAGGGUGUCAUCCCUGAAAAAAGCGAGUCUUCUGUCAAGAAUAUAGAUGCACGAGUUUAUCCAGAGCCUGUAAACUGUGUCUCUCACAUGAUUUCUGAUGAAGAAAAGGAACUUGCCUUUCUGCGCUCUCUUGGGUGGGAUGAAAAUGCUGAAGAGGACCCUCUGACCGAGGAGGAAAUCAAUGCUUUCUAUCAGCAGUAUAAUGGUUAUAUCCAUGGUAAACGUAGACUAUAGUUGUCUGAAGCAAGAACAUCACCUGCCAUCAGCUUUCUCGUCUCUGAGGAGGAUUUUUAGCUAUGAUAUUAACAUAAUUUCAUUCUUUUGUAUUUACCACAUUAAUUUCCUAUUGAAAGUGGAAAGCACUUGAUUUUUGUUGUAAAAGAGAAUUCUAGAACCGGGGAUUGACUGGGGACUGGAAAGCAAGUUCCUCAGACUUUAGAGGUUUCCUGAGAAUGUAGAUACUAUCUUCUUUCGUAAUAAAGAAGUCCCCAUAGUAGUCCAAUGUCCUUAUCUUGAGAAGGAUUGCAGAAAAGUAUAUUUUUGACAUCUAUGUUUACUUGACUAACAGAAAUUCUUUGUUUUAGACAUAUUACGCAGAUCCAUAAAUACACUGGGCUGUUGUGAAUAUCCAUUCUUUGUAAAAUAACUCUUUCUUGAGGGAAUAGCAUAUAGAUAACACUUCUGCUGCUAAUGUGCAGUGGAUUUGAACUGUUCAUUGUUAAAGGAAUGCAAAUUUAAAAGUUUUGAGUUCUUAGAACAGCUUAUGAGUAAUAAAAGCAAGGAUAUUUACACUAAUUAUUAUUCAA